AUAAACGCCGUGUUUCUUUUUUAUAGGUUGGUCAAAUUUCAUAGUACUAAAUUUCUAUUUGUAACCAAAACAAAUUUGGUUAGCAGGAGAAAUUGACAAAUGAGAUUUACCGCCGCCGGUAUAAAUAAAUGUUUCUUCCAUCUGAUAAUAAAUAAUAUGAUUAAUCAUCGUUAUAAUAAUAAUUAAGCCACUCUAUAAAACGAGCUUCCUCCAAAGCCUUUUUCUUCACACUUAAUUAACCAGAAAGAUCAUGGAAGAAAUAGAACACAGAACAGUGGAAGUGAAUGGAAUCAAAAUGCAUAUUGCAGAAAAAGGAAACAAACAAGGACCAGUUGUUCUGUUCCUUCACGGCUUCCCUGAACUUUGGUACUCAUGGCGCCACCAGAUUCUUGCUCUCAGUUCCCUCGGUUACCGUGCCGUGGCACCGGAUUUACGUGGCUUUGGUGACACUGAUGCUCCAUCUUCAGUAAGCAGUUAUACAGGUUUUCAUAUUGUUGGUGACCUGGUUGCUCUUAUAGACUUGCUUGGUGUUGAUCAAGUUUUACUUGUUGCUCAUGAUUGGGGUGCUAUCAUUGGUUGGUAUCUAUGUUUGCUUCGUCCUGAAAGAAUCAAAGCCUAUGUUUGUCUCAGUGUUCCUUUGCUCCAUAGAGACCCUAAAAUCAAAACUCUUGAUGCCAUGCGUGCUGCUCAUGGAGAUGAUUAUUAUAUCUGCAGAUUUCAGGAAGACAAAAUGGAGGCUGAGAUGGCUGAAGUUGGCACUGAAUAUGCAAUUAAAAAUAUGCUCACAAAUCGCACAACUGGUGCACCAAUACUUCCCAAGGGAGAGUAUGGAACUGGACUCAACCCGAAUAUGCCAGACACUUUGCCUUCUUGGCUCACAGAAGAUGACCUUGCUUAUUUUGUCUCCAAAUUUGAGAAAACUGGCUUCACUGGUGGAUUGAACUACUAUAGAAACUUAAACACAAAUUGGGAACUCUUGGCACCAUGGGAUGGAGUGAAAAUCAAGGUGCCUGUGAAAUUCAUUACUGGUGAUUUAGACUCGGUAUACACCUCGCUAAACUUGAAAGAGUAUAUCCAUGGUGGAGGAUUCAAGAAAGAUGUGCCAAAUUUGGAGGAAGUGAUUGUGCAAAAAGGAGUGGCCCACUUCAAUAAUCAAGAAGUGGCAGAGGAAAUUAGUAAUCACAUUUAUGAAUUCAUUAAGAAAUUUUGAGCUAAUCUGCCAAUGAAAUAAAUAAUCAGCUGCUAAGUCUGUUUCUUGAUUCUUGGUAGUUGCACUGCA